AUGGCUCCCGGGUGUUCCCCUGUCUCCUCUAGUGUGGACACGGGCGGCCGUACUUCCCUGGCAAAAGACGAUGGCCCAGGACGGUGCAGCCCCUCCUGCAUUUUCCCUGUUCGAAGGCGACAGCCCUGGCUGCCAUUCAGGGCGUCACUUUUCAAGCCGUCCUGCCUCAUUGACAGAAUCCUGGCGCUGGCAGGCGGCUCUACCAGCCAACACACUGCUCCCCAGCCCAGCUUCCUCUGCACUCCACCAGGAGCCUGCAUGGACUCUCGGGGGCUGCCUGAAAGGUGA